AUGUUUCCGCUUGUGUAUUCAUUACUACCGAACAGAGAUACUAACACCUACAACAGAUUAUUCACGUUUCUGGAAGACAUUGCGGUUCGACACAACCUGAACUUCUCAUCAAGCACAGUUAGCCUUGAUUUCGAAUGUCCUUCCCAUAAUGCCGUCACUCAGACAUUUCCAUCAGCAGAACUCAAUGGAUACCUAUUCCACUUCACAAAAGCCAUCUGGAAAAAGACGCAAGAAUAUGGACUUCAGAUUGACUACAAGAACCUUCCCGAAGUCCAGAAACUUGUCCGCCGUGCAAGAGAAGACUGCCUGAAACUCGCAGAUUACGUCACAGAGACACGGAUUGAAGGGCGAUAUCCACAACCAACAUGGAACCACUUUCUAACCGAAGGACCCAAAACCAAUAACUACUUAGAAGGAUGGCACAAUAAACUAAAGAAGAGAGUAAAGACAGCACAUCCCAACAUCUACAACAUCAUCGAGAAGUUCCAGCGACUGCAAGCAGCUACCGAGGUGAAGAUAAUCCAAUAUGCAGCAGGCGGACAGAGACGACAGAAAGCAAGGAAGUACAGAGAAGUAGAAGAACAUCUAGCAAACCUAAAGGCUGAUCUAAUGAAUGGGACCAAAGACUUCAUCCAGUAA